CCGAUUAACUUUUGCAGGCGUUCUGUUGUUAUUUUGUGAUUUACUUGCCUUGUGCCGGAAAUAUUUGUGUUUAGUGCUUAUUUAAGUGUGUUUAAAUAAAUUAAUUAUUGUUAAUUAUAUUUUCUGUGUUUUAUGAUAAUAAAUUAUUUGUUACCUACUGUAGUGACAUUAGUGACAAAAACUGAAUGUUUAUAAUGUCUUCGAAUUCGAGUUCUUGUUCUUCGCGGGAAUCACGGGGAAGGAAAAGUUGCAAAGUAAGUUCCCUGUUUAAAAUGCUAAAAACACAGAAAAAAAAACUCCUCAAGUAGAGUGUACUUUUUGUACACUUCAACUAUCAAAAAAUGGGACACGUUUGUUGGAACAUAUUAAAAAAUGCCUAAAAUGUCCAGAGGAAGUUAAAAUAAAGUAUGGAGUGACGGAGAGAAAACAACGAAACAUUGGACUAUUACAAACAAUACAUGAAAAAAGGGAGGAAAAAGUUAAAGGUAUGUACCAAAGCUCUAAAAAUAUUUCCAAAUUUCCCUCUUCUUUAUUUAGUAGAAAUUCCUAAAGAUAACCUUACUUUACAGACUUAUUUUUAAAUUUAAUACAUUUGGGAAUUUUAUUUACAGAAAAACCGAAAUCACAGUCUAAAGAGGUGUCCGCAUUCAUGGAUAAAAUGACACCUGAACAAAAAGUAAAAGCCGAUGAACUGCUUAGCCGGGCUACCUAUUUAAGUCAAGCACCACUGGCUUUAGUAGAAAAUAUACAGUGGCAGAAGUUGUUUAAAUUUCUCAGACCUGCUUAUCAGAUACCAACCCGACACCUUGUAUCAGGCCCACUAUUAGACAGUGAGCACCUACGUGUAAAGGCUAUGGUUUCGGAAAACAUUGCUGGAGCACAUUCUGUUGGACUAAUGGUGGAUGGAUGGUCCAAUAUUAGGAACGAGGCUGUCCUAAACUUUGUUAUAACAACUCCAAAGCCAUUCCUUUUUAAAAUUAUGCCCACAGACACUGCACCUCAUACUGCAGAAUAUAUGGCAAAAACCCUUGGUGCAGUAAUACGUGAAAUCGGUCCCCGAAAGGUAUUUGGUAUAGUCACAGACAAUGCAGCAAACAUGAAAGCUGCUUGGGCCUUGAUUGAAAAUGAUUUUGAUAAUAACAUUUUUACCUAUGGAUGCUUUGCUCAUUCUCUUAAUUUAAUAUUUACCGAUCUCAAAAAUUUAACAAGUCUGAAAUCGUUUACUGCCGAGGCUGUUGCCCUUACAAAGGCCAUCCGACAAAGCCACAUAUUAUCUGCGUGGGUAAAGGAAAAACAAAACGAAUUAAAAAUAAGUUGCAGUCUUAAACUCCCAGUGCCUAUCAGAUGGGGAUCAUUAGUUCUUUGUCUACAAUCAUUGCUUGCUAACAAACAAAUAAUAAAAAGGAUGGCUAUCAAUGAAGAUGUUGAAAAGGCAGUAAGCAAACACCCAUCUUUAAAAAAAAUGCUCUAAGCGAUAUAUUUUGGGACCGGGUACAAGGAUACAUUAUGCUUCUGGAACCAAUUGCUAACACAAUUACCUCUGUAGAAGGUGACACACCAACGAUUUCAAAAUGUCUGCAUUUAUUUAAAAAAAUGGUUAACACCUCAUUAGAAAAUGUCACUAAAAGUCCAUUGUUAUCCAAAGAGGAAGCAGAUACAAGGGCAAUUUUUGAAAAUCGGAAGAAGUUUGCUAUUUAUAGUGUUCAUUUUGUAGCUAACCUUUUGGAUCCAAAAUAUCGUGGCUGCGAACUUAGCUCAGAUGAGAUGGUAAAUUUUUUUAGGUUAUAGUGGGUUUUAUUUAUAUUUAUAUUAA